ACUGAAAACAAUGCAAGUGGCUUUAGCAAACAUUCUCAAUCUGUAUAUGAGUAAAAUGAGUAAAAAGCGUUGCCACAACUGAGAUGGUACUUGGCACCCGUUGUAACGAAGGUGGACAAAACGUCAAGGGCAAGAAUUUCUAAGGCGGGUAUAAAAAGGGAGCGCGCGCCUGUCACGGGCGCUCUCGCCCCAGAUUAAAUCCCACGGUUGUCCAAGAGCAUUUUGAACCUUUCAAGAUUAGGGAGGGAGCAGACAUGGCCGACUCGCUAAGGAGGCUGGUGAACACAUCUUCCUUCAGCGUUCUACAGGACAAACUUGAGUCCUGGUACAAGGACUACCAUGUCAUCUCCUGUGAUCAGAAUCUGAACAGGUGCUGUGAAUUGGUAGAGCUCACCUCCAAGAUACAGGGUCAACUCUUCACCAUCCUCAACUUCACUGCUAGAGAGGGUGGUCACUAUGCAGGAGUGGAUGUACUCAAAUCACGCCUGCUGCCUUGGUUGGGGACCUGUUUCUCCAUGGCAACCUCCUCUGUCACCAACGACACCAGCCUCAACCUCAUCCAGGAGUCUGUGGAGAAGGAGAGGAAAAUCAGGGAGCUGUCUGCCUCCCAUGAGAACGACAUGCAGAAGAUGGAGACUCAGCUGUGCUCCACUCACCUACAGCUGGACUCUGUCAAACAGGAACUGGCGGAUGCUCAUCUGCAACUGGACAACACAAAAAAUAUGUCAGCCACAACUCUGCUGGCCACCGAGGAUGAGAUACUACAGCUGAAAGCAGAGUUGCGUGUGGCCCGUGACCAGGUGGAGACCUAUAAGAGGAAGCUGGAUGUUCUGGAUGACUAUGAGAGACAGGUGCGUCUGCUGAGGGAUGAGGUGUCUUUCCUCACAGCAGAGAAGAGCAUGCUGCAGGAGAGGUUGGUGAGGAGUUGUUCCCCCAGCCCCCUGGCCAGACAGAGCCGCCCCUCCAGCCCUCUGAAGAGUGAGUCUCCCACCCGGGCCCAGCUCACCAAUUCAUCCCGCCACGCCAGGCUGGUGUCCCGCUUCAGUGACUUGUACGCUGUGGAGCGCCUGGAGGCCCAGAGUCUGCUCCGACGCUACAUAGACGACCUGGAGAUGGUCCAGAGAAUCAUCUUCAUUGCCACUGUGGAGGCCUUCCAGGCAGCCAAGCUGGCCUACCGUCAAUUCAAGCUGCGAGUGAAGAAGACCCUGUCACCCUCCCACCUGGGGCCAGAGACCCUGGAGGACUCGGUGGUGGACUAUAUCGUCAGGAACCUGGACCUCUACGACGUGCAGGCCAGUGUUAAUGACGUGAUCAACGCCAUGAAUGUAAACCCACGGAUCUCCUUCCCCCCGGAGGUGAACUUUGCCCUGAUCAACAGCUUCAUCCGGGAGACAUGCAGAGUGGCUUUCGCCAUGCAGACACUGGACCCUCCUCUGGACCUGGCUUUCACCAGCGGUGGAGAACUCUACAGCGACAACAAGUAUCGUCGUAGCUAUGACUCUGAGUUUACUGCUCCUCUGGUGGCGUACCAUGUGUGGCCAGCACUGGUGGAGGGGGACGGUGUCAUAGUGAAGGGAGAGGCAGUCACCAGGAGAGGAGCUCUGUGGAGGAGCAGAAGCAGGAGCUGCAGUCCUGUUCGCUCUGGCAGCCCCACACGCACUCUCGGGUUUAGUCGCAGCAGAAGCCCCUCUCCCGGACGUCUCUCCGCCAGUCGCCUGUAAACCCUAACUGACCACUGAGUUACAAAAGGAAAACAAAAUUCUACACAUUGAUUUCAUGUUUGCAACAAAGACAGAUUUUUAGCUUUAAUGGACUGGAUCCUGUCGUUAUUUGUCAGUUGUGAUGACUUGAUGUUAAGUAGUUAGACUCCGUGUCAAUAUGGACAUUGGUCCAGGGUUUACAGUAUUCUGGAGAGAAGUUCCAUGUUACCAUUACAGUAUCCAGAGACUCUGGCAGCUGGUCCUUUCAGAUCAAUCCUUUCAGGGUGCUGUAGCAGCACGUGACAAGGUUAUGUGUGUGUUGUGUGUGUGUGUGUGUGUGUGUGUUGUGUGUGUGU